UUUAAAAUGACUAAGUGCUGCUAGUCGGGGAGUUGAGUUGACCAAAAGCCCAGUGACCUUAAAUCAUCAAACUCGUGGCUACACAAUAUUUUCAUUGUUUGAGAGAAGCUUCAAGGGAAAUCUGAAAGAUGACACGUUUAAUGUUUAGAGAUGCUUUUUGGGGCUCCGAUUUUACCUGCCACGCUGGCUACGAAGCUUUGAUGCAACGCCUGCGAGACGGAAGACAAACGUGCAAAGAUGUGGAAGAGCUCUUAAGGAUGAGGGCGUCAGCAGAAGAAAAGUACGGGCGGGAAUUGGUGAGCAUCGCCCGCAAAGCUGGAGGACACGCAGAGAUCAGCACGCUAAAAGAUUCCUUUGAGCAACUAAAAACACAAAUGGAGAACGUGGGACACUUUCACAUCCAACUGUCGGAUGCAAUGAAAGAGGAGGUGAAAAAGGUGGAGGCCUUCCGAGAGCGGCAGAAAGAGCAGAAAAAAAAAUUUGAAAGCAUCAUGGAGAAAGUUCAGAAGAAGAAAGUGUCCUUGUUCAGGAAAACUAUGGAGUCAAAGAAAAACUACGAGGCAAGAUGCAAGGAAGCGGACGAGGCAGAACAGACGUCAGAGAAGACUGCCCAUGCAGCCAAAAAUGGCGACAAGGCACGCCACAGGGCCAAGCAAUGCAGACAGGCAGUGAGUGAAGCAGAGACCUUAUACUUGACCAACAUCGACCAGCUGGAAAAUGUUCGCCAGGACUGGGAGGAAACACACAGAAGCACGUGCGAGGUGUUCCAGCAAAUGGAGGCUGAUCGCAUCCACUUGCUCAGGUGCACCCUGUGGGACCACUGCAAUCACAUCUCCAUGCAAUGUGUCAAAGAUGACGAGUUCUGUGAGGAGGUAAGGAAGCACCUGGAGCACUGUGACAUCACCACCGACAUCAACUGCUUCAUUGAGAUGAAAAAGACGGGUUGGCAUCCUCCAGGUCCCAUCGUCUUUGAAAGCUAUUAUCAGAAGGAGACCAGAUCUGGGGAUGGAAACGGCCUAGGACACUUCACGGGGGGCAGAGAAGAUCACAUGAGGAGGACCUCGGAUCCUCUCCUGGAAGCUUCUGUGAAGACCAAUGUUGUCAGUCGCCAUUCAACAGUGCCCUCUAGUGGAGAAGAUGGGUCGUAUGCAUCCCUGCUGGGUCUCCAGCAGCCAAUAGCGGACGAAGAUUCCUACAUUGCGCUUUACAACUACAAUGCACAGGUGGAAGAUGAUUUGACAGUUCAAAGAGGUGAUGUGGUUCAGGUCUUGGAGCGCGGUGAGGACGGUUGGUGGACCGUGGAGAGAAACGGCCAGGUGGGAAUCGUGCCUGGGAACUAUUUGGGAAAAAUCUGAAAAAGCUUGCAGAAAGGGGCAGAUGAAAUGAAAAUAUUUAGGGGGAAAGUCAACAGACACUGUAAAUGUAUAUUUUGUUUCAAUUUCAGGCAAAUAUUAUCUGUUACAAAAUAAAAUUGUUAAUAAAUUAUAUAUAAAACGAAA